GUUGCGAAUUUGGUCUCUUAGGAGAAAUGUUUUUACUGGGAGCUGGAAUUUCUGCAUUUAUUACCUACGUCUUUAUUAGUAUAGCAUUAUUCACAAAAGGUUGGGUAACCGCCGCUGUCAACGCAUUUCAAGCAAAUGUCAAACAUUCUGCAGGAAUUUUUCCCUGGGGCUGUGUCAACGACAAUACUUGUGACUUUUUCUGGGAGAAUGCUGACGGCUGGGCAAUCACAGUUUUCUUGGCAAUGCUUUUCGCUUGGAUAGUACAGUUUUUCGUUUUGAUAUCAGUCAUCGCAGCUCUAGUUCUCAAGAGUUGGCGUUAUCAUCUCUCGAGAGGAUUCACGAGCCAGCAACUUAUAGUAACCAUAUUAUUGCUAUAUGUGCUCAUCGUCUAUGGCGCAACUUAUGACAGAAAUACUGAGAUCGUCAAAACGUUGGGCGUGGAUAUCUAUCUCGACUACUCAUACUGGCUCUGCAUGGUACCCAACGUACGCUGGCGCUGUAUUCAAAGUAAACGAACAUUUUGCUUCUAUCAGAUGUUUUUGAAAUUUGCUGGACAAUAA